AUGGAUUUUAGCACUAAUGUUUCAUUGCCUUGGAUGAUUCUUGGAGAUUUUAACAAUGUACUUAAAUUUGAUGAGAAGAGCAAUGGAGUGGAGAUGACCCCUUAUGAAAUUAAGGACUUUGCUAAUUGUUGCCAACAUGUUGGUCUUACGGAUAUGAGGUCCAUUGGUUGUCUUUACACAUGGACUAAUAACUCGGUUUGGAGUAAAAUUGAUAGAGCUAUGGUGAAUGAUGUUUGGGGACAAAACGGUAUCUAUGGCCUAGCGGAAUUUUUGCCUUCGGGAUGUCUUUUCGACCAUUCUCCAUGUGUUACUUUUGAUGUUGUGGGAACGAAACAAUUUGUACUUUGCAAGAAGUUGUAUAACUUGAAAGGAGCAUUGAAAGAGCUCAAUGCUAAACACUUUGGACACAUUUCUAUUAGAGCAAAUGAUGCUAAAAGAGAGCUGGAGGCUGCCCAACUUAGGCUACAUGAUCAGCCCGCUAAUGUGCAUUAUCAACUCAUGGUGGCACAAUUGAGGAAGAAAGCCAUGGGAGUAACACAAGGAGGAAUUUUAUUGCUACCAUACUUAAGGAGGAUGAGACAUACACCACUUCUCAAAAUUGCUCAGAAAUUUAUCCUAUUUUACUGCAAUUUGCUUGGCACAAGCUGCCCCGUUCGUCCCAUUGAGCUGGACAUUUUGAAGAAUGGGCCUUUGGUUUCAUUGGAACAAGGUAACUCACUUACUCGAGACAUUUUUAGCCAAGAAAUCAAGGAAGCACUCUUUGGCAUUGGAGAUGAUAAAUCUCCCAGGCCAGAUGGUUACACAUCUUGUUUUUUCAAGAAAGCUUGGGGGAUUGUUGGUGAUAAUGUUGUGGAGACUAUCAAAGAAUUCUUCUCAUCUAGAUCUCUCCUCAAACAAAUCAAUCACACGAUCAUUACUUUGGUGCCGAAGUCUAAUCACACACCGAAUGUUGGGGAUCAUAGACCUAUCUCUUGUUGCAAUGUAAUCUACAAAGUGAUCUCUAAGAUACUUGCAUCCAGGUUGAGGCCUAUUUUGAAGACUAUUGUUGAUCAAGCACAAACCGCUUUUGUUGAAGGUAAGAGUAUGACGGAGAAUAUCCAUCUUGCCCAAGAACUUAUGAGACAAUAUAAUAGAAAAAGAGUUGCUCCGAGAUGUCUUUCAAAGAUUGAUCUAAAGAAAGCUUAUGAUUUGGUAAAUUGGGAUUUCCUUAAAGAAGUUCUUGAAGGGUUAUGUUUUCCGAGUAGAUUUGUCGAAUGGGUUAUGGAAUGUGUUACUACACUAACAUACUCCGUUGCUUUGAAUGGGAGCAUACAUGACUUCUUUAAGGGGAAGGAAAGGCCUCCGACAAGGGGAGAUAUCAUGUCGGUGCAAAUCUUAAUGGAUUGUCUAUCCAACUUCGGAAAUGCAUCGGGUUUAAGGAUGAACACUUUAAAAUCCAGCUUAUUUACAGCUGGAAUUCAUGGGCAAGAACUUGAAGAAAUUCAAGCACUCACUAAUAUCCCGAAGGUUACUAUGCCAUUCCGGUAUUUGGGUAUUCCACUUGCAUCCGUGAAGCUUAAAGCAGAGUUAAUUAGGGUGGUGUUUCAAGGUGUUGAAUAUUUUUGGCUUUCUAUUUUUCCUAUCCCGGCAACAAUUAUCUCAAGGAUAAUUAGUCUAUGCCGUAAUUUUCUUUGGAGAUCCAAGAAGCCAUUGGUAGCUUGGAGGAAUGUUUGCCUACCGAAAGAUAAAGGUGGCCUUGGUUUUAGAGACAUGAAAAGCUGGAAUUUAGCACUACUUGCAAAAACACUUUGGAACAUUCUUCAAAAUGACACUCUUUGGAUAGGUUGGGUCAAUCAACUUUAUCUUAAGGGGGCAAGUAUUUGGGAUGUUUUGCUAAGGAAAGAUGAUUCGCCUCUUAUUAAAAAAUUGCUGGAGAUUAGAGAUUUCAUUUUGAGGGCUAAACAAAAUGAAUAUGCGGCUGUUCAUAAGCUGUCCAGCUAG